GAUUCCGGGCAGUUCACACAUGCUCUAUUGAUUACAGACAAGGCAAACAUAGACAGGCAUCUGCUAGUGUGAUAGCAAAUAUUAUUGCACACAAAUACCUUGAUGCUUCCAAUAAACCAUACCCCCCCCAAAGCAAAUUCGUGAGGACAUGAGUAUGUAGUAUGGAAUUUCCAUGUCAUACAACAAAGCUUGGAAAGCACAGAAGAAAGCAAUGCAGCUGCAAUUUGGUUCUGAUCUUGAAUCCUAUCAGCUUUUGCCUUCAAUGGCUUAUGUGCUUGAGAAAACAAAUCCUGGCUCUAUGUUUAAUCUAGUCACAGGGAAGGAUGAUGCAUUUUCUACCUUUUUUAUGUCAUUCAAACCAUGGAUAGAAGCUUGGCCCUACUGCAGACCUGUUCUUAUAUUGGAUGGUUCUUUCAUGAAGGCUUACUAUAAAGGCACUCUCCUUACAGCUUGUUGCCAAGAUGCCAAUGAUCACAUAAUUCCUAUUGCAUUUGGUAUUUGUGGUUCUGAAACUAAAGCUUCUUGGAAAUGGUUCUUAUCCAAAGUUUGUCAAUCAAUAAAGUACAGACAUGACCUGUACGUAGUAUCUGAUAGGCAUAAAGGGCUUAUCAAGGCCGUUUCUGAACUCUUGCCACAUGCUAGCCACGGUUUUUGUGUUGCUCAUCUUGGUCGUAACAUAACAUCAAAAUUCAGAGGAUCUAUAGCUGGUUUGGGAUGGAAGUUCAAAGCUGCCUAUAUGGCAGCAACUAUGAAAGAAUAUGACGACUACUUAUCCAUGUUGGAUUCUGAAGACCCCAGGAUAAGGACUUGGCUAGACAAAUUAGGUGCUAACACAUGGUCAAAAGUAAUGUCUGGCCCAAAGAGAUAUAAUAUUAUGACAUCAAAUUGUGUUGAGUCUAUGAACAAAGUCAAUGUCUGUGCUAGAGAGUAUUCUGUGUCUAAACUUGUUGAUUUCUUGCGUGAAAGGAUGCAACAAUGGUUCACAGAGAGGAAAGAUAAAGCUGAGAAAACAAGUACUAUACUCACAAAGAAAUGUGAGAAACGCCUGGUAGCUUUGCAAGCUGAAUCCACACGUAUGAAGUUGUUGACAGUAGAUGCAAGUCCUUUGUGGUAAAGCUCAACUCUAGAAGUUGUACAUGCGGCCACUUUCAAUUAGAUCAAUUUGUGUGUGUUCAUGAUGUGGCUGCAAUCGGUAUACGCCCACACCUUUCAUGUUAUACGUACAUAUCUCCAUAUUACACAAGAGAUGCUUGGCUUGCUACAUGGUCUGGUAUCAUGCAUCCUAUUGCUGAUCCUGACAGUUGGUCAAUUCCUGCUACUAUUCAAAACCAGAGAUGCAAGCCACCAAGUUGUUUGAAGCGUCCUCCUGGUCGCCCUAAGAAAUGCAGAAUUCCAUCCAUUGGAGAAUAUAGAGGUUCAAAACGUAAAAAAUGUUCUAGAUUCCAUGUGCUUGGGCAUAAUAAGAAAACUUGUAGAAAUCCAAUUCCAAUUAAUACCCAGUGAUGUAGAUUUGUCCACUCAUUUUAUGUUGUCUUCUGUUUUUUUGUACUUUUAACAAUUCUACUAUGUGGUUUGGACUUGGUUAUCAUUUCCUUGAACGUUUAAGGUUUUGUGCUUUAGCCAUUCUUGGCAUUUAAGUGUUUAUGACUUGUGCUUUAACCAAAUGUUUUAUCC